UGCGAUUACGGAGAAGAUGCAUGGCCUAAUAAACCACAGGAUGCUCUCGGCUAUCUGCAAGUGGCCAUCUCUUACGAUCGCCCCACUUCAAGAGUCAUCGUCAGAAUCGUAGCUGCUCGCGGCCUAAAAAUGAGGGACCCCGCCCGGCGCUUAGCCCCUAAUCCAUUUGUGAAGAUCUACCUGCUUCCGGGCAGAAAGGUGUCAAAUAAACGUCGCACUCGCUUCGUUCCAUGCUCAACGGAUCCAGAAUGGAACCAAAUAGUUGAAUGGCAAGUAAUGCCUGGAUCAUUGCCGUCGCUCUACCUAGAGUUCUCCGUUUGGGAUUACGAUCGUCUCACUGAAAAUAAUGCGCUCGGACAAGUCACCGUCAGCCUUGCGGCAAUUACUGCUUUUCCUCAUUGACA